GCGAGAGUUCAGCAGAGAGAGACAUUAGGCUGCGGCCAGUAGGGAACCGGGCACUCAAUAACCCCCCAUUCUAAUUACGACUACGGGGAUUAACCCUGACGUUAACCAGUUAAUUAAAAAUAAGGCUUUUUUUUCGCCAGUCUGGAGAAGAGAGUCUGAAGUGUGCAAUACACAUUUGUGGGCGAGUUUGAUCCAUCACUGCAAAAAAAAAAAACAAAUCUUAGCGUGGGAGUUAAUGGGGGAAAAAAAGCAGCGAGAGGUUUAGUGUUCGUUUUCAAAAAUACAAAAUCUCUGACUUUAGAUUUUUUCUUUCGGAAGUCACUGGGUUGAGAGUCAAAGGGGGGGAGGGGGAAACAUUAAGUGGAUUUGUCACCAAAGGGGACUGUUAAUCUGCGGAAGUUUUGUUUCUCUCUCUGCUGUGAGAGGCGAGGCAGCAGUGGCGGUAGCGCCUAGCAGCAGCAACAGCCGCCGCCUGCGCUGCUCAGCGAGCCGGGGGCUUCGGCCAGCUCGCCCGGCGUCCCCGCUCGCUCCCUCUCCCAAGUGAUGCGUUGUUUUGCUGUACCCGUCCGAAAUUUUACCCCAGCACCAUGAGCAUGGCCAACGACACAUACGCAUUUGUAAAAGACAUUAAACCAGGAAUGAAAAAUUUAAAUGUCAUCUUUAUUGUUCUGGAAAUAGGUCGAGUUACCAAAACUAAAGAUGGACAUGAAGUGAGAUCGUGCAAAGUAGCUGAUAAAACUGGCAGCAUCACAAUUUCAGUUUGGGAUGAGGUUGGAGAACUAAUACAGCCCGGGGAUAUCAUUCGCUUGACAAGAGGUUAUGCUUCAAUGUGGAAAAAUUGCCUGACGCUAUAUACAGGGAGAGGAGGCGAUCUUCAAAAAAUUGGAGAAUUUUGUAUGGUAUAUUCAGAAGUACCCAACUUUAGUGAACCAAAUCCAGAUUACCUCAACCAGAUGAACCAAACAAACAAAGUUGCACAAAGUGAACAUAGAAACAAUUCUUCUAAUCAGCUGGCUACAAAUGGACAAAUGCAAACAGGAAAUGGCCCACAAAGUGCGUCAUUGCUGGGGGGACAUCCCCCGUCAGGCAAUAGCCACCAGCCACAACAGAACCCUAACCUUUCAGGUGGUGGAAGGAACAAUGGACGGGGACCAGUAGUUCAACCACAGAUGACUCUAGCUCAAGGAUCCGCAGCGGCUGCCACAGUUAGCAAUGGAAGAGACCCACGCAGAGUGUUCAAAAGAUGACCUGUGCCAUUUGUAUAUCCAACCUUGUUCAGUUCUGCACCCGACUUGAGCCCACUUGAUGCACUUUUAUUUUUUUUUAUAUAUAUAACUUGUUUGUGUGUUUUUGUUUCAACUCUCCAUUUUUGAGGUGGGGGUUUGAACUGCAAAACGUCUGACUCUUUAACCGUUGAAGUGUCUUGCACUAUCGGAGGUGCACGGGAGGGACUUCAUAUCUUUCAUGGUCUGGAAAUGAGUUGCAAAAGUAGAGGUGCUUGUGUUGAGAGCAGCCGGGGGACAAGUUAAUUUUAGGUUUAAAACAUCAAUAAAAUGCAAUUAAAUUACAAUAGUGUGCUGUGAAGGGUGUUAUGUCACCUAUAUUGUCAUCAGGAGUGAUGAUGCCCUGAAUCUUGAAUGUAAGAAUCACUAAAUUAACAGAAAGGAUUUAUUCUUUCAGAUUGAUUUAACAUUGGCAGGUGACUGAGGAGAAUUUAAUGGCAUUGAACUGUACAGAUUGAAGAGUUUUGGGGUUAAUAUAGUCUCUAUUGCUGGUUUGACAGUGUUGUGAUAUAACUUGUAUCCAGUGGAGGAGGAAGUGAAUGACCCUGAACUUGUCCAGGUAACACCUUGUGCCAGAAGAAGCCAAGAUGGCUGGAAAGCAGCAUCCGGCCAGGAUUCAUUGAAUAGCCUGUAAAAUGCAUUGGGGAAAGGUCCACAUAAGCACACAAGAAUGCAAAUCUACCACUCUACCAUCGAAGCUCCAGUGUACCUGAGCUUGGGGUAGAUGAAGUGCAAAUGUCUACAAGAACUCUUUAAAAUCAACGAGUUGCAGUUCAGAAAGCUGAACAUCACUUAGCUGCAAUACACACACCAACACAGUCUGACAUAUGGCUCUGCAUAUAUCAAGGAUGUUUAAACAUUGAGCAAUAAAUGUUACUGCCUGAUGUGUGCAGCUGCUGUUGCACAAGUCAAAUCUAUAUAUUUAGAUUGCCAUUUGUAUAUAUGCAUACAAAGCUGAAAAAGUAGUUGUGAUUUACCCUUUGAAGAUCAAAGCUGCAGAAGCUGCUUCCUGCUUGGUUUCCUCAUCUAUAUACUGUUUUGAUUCACAAAUAUAAUCAAUGUUCAAACCCUGAUCUAUGUGUUUGCAAACUAACACUCUGUACUCGUUUAUUUAAUGCUGCUUUGUUAAGUAAUAUCAUAUUUCAGUUAAACUAGGGUCAACAACGCCUCCACUGAAUAUAGAUCACCAACUGAAUAGAAGCAUGGUGUCUUUGCAGUGUUCUGACCAACAUUACAUUGAAGCAAUAUGUACAUUGUCUGAGUGUUUGAAAUCACCACAGCUUCUCUCUUUGUCCACAAUAAAACUGUGGCCAUGCUUCAAAGAUA